AUGGCUCCUCCCACGAUCCGCGGUACGUCUGAUGUCGACCGCAUCGAGGCUCCCGUCACCUUCAAAGCCUACAUGAUGUGUGCCUUUGCCUCGUUCGGUGGUAUCUACUUUGGCUACGACGUCGGUUGGAUCAGGUAUUACGCCAUCCACACCUUUACCGGUCUCCCUUACGACACUCCUGCCGAUGACUUUGUGGUCGGAGCUAGCGACAAGGCCCUCGUCACGUCUAUCCUGUCUGCUGGAACCUUCUUCGGUGCACUUAUCGCUGGUGACCUUGCCGACUUUUUCGGUCGCCGCACCACCAUCAUGGUUGGCUGCGUCAUCUUCACAAUCGGUGUCAUUAUGGAGAUCAUUUCGACCACUAUCAGCCUCAUGGCUGCUGGUCGUUUCGUUGCCGGACUUGGUGUCGGCUUCGAGUCUGCCGUUGUCAUUCUCUACAUGUCCGAAAUCUGCCCCAGAAAGGUCCGUGGCGCCCUCAUCGCGUGCUACCAGUUCUGCAUUACCAUCGGUAUCCUCCUCGCCUCGGUCGUCGUCUACGCAACACAGAACCGCAUGGACAGCGGUUCUUACCGGAUCCCUGUGGCCGUUCAGAUCGCUUGGGCCCUAAUCCUUGGUGUCGGCAUUGCCUGUCUGCCUGAAUCGCCUCGUUACUUUGUCAAGAAGGGUGAGCAUGAGAAGGCAGCCGCCGCUCUGNCCUCAGUCCGUGGUCAACCCGUCGACUCGCAGUUCGUCCAGCUGGAACUCGCCGAGAUCAUCGCCAACCACGAGUAUGAGCUCUCUGUCGUUCCUCAGGGUAGCUACUUCUCGUCCUGGGCCAACUGCUUUAAGGGCUCGCUAUGGAAGGCCAACAGCAAUCUGCGCCGUACCAUCCUCGGCACUUCUCUCCAGAUGAUGCAGCAGUGGACUGGUGUCAACUUUAUCUUUUUCUUCGGCACCACUUUCUUCCAGCAGCUCGGAACGAUCUCGAACCCCUUCUUGAUCGGUCUCAUCACCACUCUCGUCAACGUUCUGUCCACCCCCAUCUCGUUCUGGACCAUCGAAAGAUUCGGCCGUCGUCCUCUGCUCAUCUGGGGAGCCCUCGGUAUGCUCACCUGCCAAUUCCUCACGGCCGUCCUGGGCACUGCCAUCUCGACUGAGAACCAAGCCGCCACCAAGGCACAGAUUGCCUUCAUCUGCCUCGCCAUCUCCUUCUUCGCAUCUACCUGGGGUCCUGGAGCUUGGGUUCUGAUCGGUGAGAUCUUCCCUCUGCCCAUCCGCUCUCGCGGUGUCGGUCUCUCCACCGCAAGCAACUGGCUCUGGAACACCAUCAUCGCCGUCAUCACCCCUUUUAUGGUUGGCAAGGACAAGGGCAACCUCGGUCCCAAGGUCUUCUUCGUCUGGGGCACUCUGUGCACAUGCGCCUGUAUCUAUGCAUACUUCCUCGUGCCCGAGACCAAGGGACUGUCGCUUGAGCAGGUUGACAAGAUGCUUGAGGAGGUCACUCCUCGUAACUCGGCUGGCUGGAAGCCUACCACCACUUUUGCCAACGAGAUGGGCAUGACCAAGGAGGCUGGUAUCACCGAGCAGGAGAUUCACAUUGAUGUUGAGAAGAGAGGUGGUUCUCAGUAG